AAAGAGCAGUGCAGCACACGGGCCGGCGUUUUUUAAAAAGAAAAACACUGGAUAUUCCCUCUCAUGUGGUGAACAUUCAUAACUCGGCAUAGAAAGGGAGGGACCGUCAGAGCAAACCCUCUCUUGCAUUUUCUUCUUUUUCCUUCUCGUUUCGUUUUUUUUUUUUUUUUUUUUUUUGCAACCGAGGUGGGGGAAAUUUUCAUAGAAUCGUCUUUGUGUUAGCCCAGUAGAGCGCUAGCGUCGCUAGCCUCGCCAAGUUACGGAGCAGGCGGCCGGUCGCAGGAGCCACAUCGAAGACCUGAAUGAAAAAGGACCCCAUCCUAACUUAACCGUCGAGACGAGCAGCACUGGGAUAGAUGGACGCAUGAGACAUGAGAGGGCAGAGCUGAGGAUCAGUUGACCCUCCCCCCUCCUCCUCCUCCUCUUCCUUAUCCUUCUCUUCCCUCCUCUCCACUGACCAGUGCAUCCCAACUUCCCUCUCCUCCUCCUCCUUCCCCUUGCCUACCUUCCACACCAGGUCCACACCCUGUUGGAUCUGACCUCCCCUCCUCCUCCACACCUCAGCCAGUUGUGCCCAGAUGUUCUGCCCGGAGCAGGAGAACAUCUCCACCACCUCUUCCACCAAAGUGCCAGUGAAGUAUGGCGAGCUCAUCGUGCUUGGGUACAAUGGCUCUCUGCCCAACGGGGACCGCGGCAGACGUAAAAGCCGUUUUGGACUUUGUAAGAGACCAAAGGCGAACGGGGUCAAACCCAGUACAGUGCACGUCGCCUGCACCCCGCAGGCAGCCAAGGCCAUAAGUAACAAAGACCAGCACAGCAUCUCUUACACUCUGUCUCGCGCCCAGACGGUGGUGGUGGAGUACACCCACGACAGCAACACAGACAUGUUCCAGAUUGGUCGAUCCACAGAGAGCCCCAUAGACUUCGUGGUGACGGACACGGUGGCCGGCAGCCAGAGUAACUCAGAUACUCAGUCGGUGCAGAGCACCAUCUCACGCUUUGCCUGUCGCAUCAUGUGCCAGCGCACGCCACCCUACACUGCACGGAUCUACGCCGCAGGCUUCGACUCCUCCAAGAACAUCUUCCUAGGGGAGAAGGCUGCUAAGUGGAAGACUGCAGAUGGUCAGAUGGAUGGACUGACGACCAACGGUGUGUUGGUGAUGCACCCACGUCAUGGUUUUACCCAGGACUCCAAGCCGGGUGUCUGGAGGGAGAUCUCUGUCUGCGGCAAUGUCUUCACACUGCGAGAGACCCGCUCGGCGCAACAAAGAGGCAAAAUGGUGGAGACGGAGUCCCAUGAGCUUGUGGACGGCUCACUCAUUGACCUGUGUGGCGCCACCUUGUUGUGGCGCACGGCCGAGGGCCUUGCACGCACGCCCACUGUCAAACACCUGGAGGCGCUGCGGCAAGAGAUUAACGCGGCUCGCCCCCAGUGCCCCGUGGGCUUCAACACGCUGGCCUUCCCCUCCAUGCGCCGCAAGGACACCCCGGACGAGAAGCAGCCCUGGGUCUACCUCCACUGUGGCCAUGUGCAUGGCUAUCACAACUGGGGCAACCACCGGGAGGAGCGGGAGGGUCGUGAGGCACGCCACAGAGAGUGCCCCAUGUGCCGAGCCAAGGGGCCUUACGUGCCGCUGUGGCUGGGUUGUGAGGCCGGCUUCUACCUGGACGCCGCCCCGCCCACCCACGCCUUCAGCCCCUGCGGCCACGUUUGCUCAGAGAAGACGGCAGCCUUCUGGAGUCAGAUCCCGCUGCCUCACGGCACCCAUACCUUCCACGCCGCCUGCCCCUUCUGCGCCCAGCAGCUAGCUGGGGAGCAGGGCUACAUCAGACUCAUCUUCCAGGGUCCUCUUGACUAGUGGGAGAGCGGCGUCCAGCAAUGGUGUUGAGAGAAAGGCGAGGGGAUCUAUGUGGCUGGACACCAUCCGUGCAUUGGAAUGUUGCCCAUGGCUCCCACCAGAACCUGGCUUUGAUUUUGUUUUGCUUUUCCUCUGCCGUUCUUUUAUAAAACUUUUUUCUCUCUCGCAUUUUUAAGUGACCUUUGUAUUGCUUUUUCAUGAAUGAAAACAAAGAUUUCUAUAUUUUCAUGUGAAACCAGGGACACAAAAAAUGGCGUUGAGAAGCCAAGAACACUGAUGCGUGAAAAUUUGUCCUGUUUUUUGGCAAAGAACUUUUAACAGUAUUUAUCUAUACUACUAACAUACCGUAGGGCAUACACACGGUUUUAUUCAUGUUUAUUGUUGCAAUAUACAUCUGUGUACAUCUAUUAGAGCUAACUUAAACAAAGACAUUUAUUUAUACCCCAAGAACCAUCGCCUCAUCAGUUAUCUGUCGAAUAUGCCUAACUUCAAUACUUCAUGGCAUUUUUAUUUGAAAAUACAGUAUAAUAUUAAUAAUCAGAUAUAAAGUUCUAGGUGUGUUCAGAUACUUAUGUUCUAUGUCCUUGUUCCUAUGUUCAGCUCUCACAUCUAUUUUGAGUGUCUGUUUGCAACAAUGUCCUGUCAUGUUUGUACAGCCCUAUUGUCUGUCCUCUGGUGUGUUCAUGUUUUGUAAUGUGUGUCUGUGCGUGUUAAUUAUUCAGUUAUACAUGUAAAUUUUUCCUCCAAAGUCAUUACCACACCUUUGAUGUUAAAAGCAAUAGAUUUGGAAUGGAGACCUCACAAAGCAUUAUGGGAAACUGACUUUGUUACUGAUCAAACAGUCCCCGGCUGUCCGCUCUCUCCCUUUAAGUUCAGGUCUAAAACCUUAAAGGCCAAGUAUAGGAUUCUGUGUGUGAGCGCACCAUGAACAUAACUAUCUACAUCACAGGUUGGCUGGGAUAAUGUAGCAAUGUAGCAAAUUCCACACACAUCACACACAUGCAGAUCACCAACUCACAAACCAAACACCCAAGGGUGUUUACAAGGUUGAAAUAUUUUAUGUUGCAGAGGAAAGCAAAUCACACACAGACCUCACGAGACUUGUGAUACAGGAGAUAGACAGGUUUUGUGCAAAACAAGAGUAUCAAGGUGAGUGUUGCAGGAUCUUAGAGCAAAGUGGUACUGACAAUGCGUGGCUUCCUUUCCUGCUCUUACAUGUUGCGUGCUGUUUGGCUCUUACACACACCUGUGGCUAGCCUUCCUGUGUGGUUAUGGCCAAUAAAGUCAUCUGGAUUGCUUUUCCAAGAUAUAGUGAUUAUGGUUAAUAGUGGAAUUAUUUUUAGUCUUGAUGAUUGGGGACAUUAAGUCGCUGAUCCCAACUUCAAACGUUGAAUAACAUCUUGGCUGUUUUCAUUUACCACUAAAUUAAGUUUCAGUUAUAUAUAACAAUAUGACAUUUUUGCUAAACAAAUCAAACCUAAAGAAAAGAAAAUCCAUGAUUAUGUGGAAGUAGAUGUGCAGCCCUCCCUGUGUCUCAUCAUCAGAAAGAACUUGGUUCAUAGAGCACAGAUGCACACCGUUAUAUCCAAUGACGUUUGAAAAUGCUUUUCAUGGCUUGUCUCAGCACACCAGGACACAAGUGACAUUUGCUAUUAAGCGAUUUGAGUGCUAGAGAUUACUAUUGAAAAAUUGAAAAGCACCACUAUUAAGACAACACUUAAGCGAUUGAUAAUUUAUCAGACACUACCUAAAUUGUCUUGAUGUUGUACGAGUCCGUCCUUCUGGUUCAGCUUUAAAUAAACACUAAUUUAUUUGCAACACUUUGAUUCAGGCUUUUCACCCAUAAAACUGCAUGGGUUAAUUUCUUUGGUCCAUGCUCUCUGGUAAUACUUUCUCUGUUGAGAGCAUGGAGCCCCUUAAAAGAGCCUCAUGUAAACUUGUGCUAUGCAGGCCGUGGGUUGAUAAAUGACCCCCAUGGAAUAUUCUGUGGCUGAUUCAAUAUCAGCAACUAAUAUCAGGACUUCCCUCUCAUUCCAGAAAUGUCUGACCGUAGAUCAACGAUCUCUUUGAUUUCGCCCACUGAAUCCACGGUUGCAAAGGUGAGAUCUAUAACAAAGAAAGGGUACAAGUCAAAAAGUGAUUUUUUUUAAGUCUCAAGAAUUGCAAGCAAGGAUGUGAACCUCGGUGCUCAUUAAGUAGGCCUAGUCCUAAUCCUCUUCACACUUGUGCAAUCUCACUGGCGCAUAUCCUCACACAACUUACAUAUGCAAUUUGCUGAAAGGAUGAGAUGGACAUCCACAUGAUGGUAUUUGACCAAUGGUCAAACAGCCUUCCUGUUAAACCAUCCAGGCAGCGUAUUGAAUGCAAGCUGAGUGUCACAAUAUAUGGCAGCAUAUGUGACAGAGUGAGAGAGAUUAUAACGUGAUGUUCUUGGGUGAUAGUUGCAUUUUAAAUGUAUAUGUACAUUUUCACCACAGUAGCUCUCUGUAGAAAAGAAAAAUUCUCGUCAGUGGAUCCCUGUGCUUGGACUGCAACACACAAACUCACCUCAGGGACAAACAAAAUUGACCUGUGUCGCAUCUGGAAACACACACGUGCAUCGCACAACACUGGGCCUGUAAGACCACUAGACACUAGGGCUGUGUAUUGGCAAGAAUCUGGCGAUAUGAUGCGUAUCACGAUACAGGGGUUAUGAUUCAAUAUAUUGCAAUACUGUAAGCAAGGCGAUAUAUUGCAAUUUCAUAGGCCUGUGUUCUUUGUGUUUACGCAACUUCCUGUCUCAGUUUACGUUGUUGGAGUUGAAGAGUCAAAUGGCUGAAGGUAGAUUAAAACACUGCUAUCUAGCAGCCGGGGGUAUAAAAUGAACCACUGUCUGCCACAAAUCUCUGCAUGUAAACUAUUAACUAAAAUCAAUCAGAAUUGAUACAGUAUCACAAAACAUAAUAGCGCAAUACUCAAGUGCAGGGGUGGGCAAUCUUAUCCAGAAAGGGCCGGUGUGGGUGCAGGUUUUUGUUCCAACCAAGCAGUUACACACCUGAUCCCACUAAUCAACCAGUAGAGUCUCUGCUGAGGAACUUGAUUAGCAGACACAGGUGUGUAACUGCUUGGUUGGAACAAAGACCUGCACCCACACCAACCCUUUCUGGAUAAGAUUACCCAACCCUGCUCAAGUGUAUCGAUAUUUUCUUACACUCCUACUAGUAAACAACUGUCCACCGAGGUCCUCUGAGCAUACCUCACCAGUAAACUCUUUGUCAUUCUUCAGAUUUAAUGUCUCACCUUUAGCCGGCCUAGUUUAGUCUGUUUUAACCAUACAGACUUGUCAAAUGCACCGUCUCUUCUGUCUCUCUGUGGAGAAAGUGUGUGAGUAAGGGCUUUACUCUCGUCUGUACACUGUUUGUCUUCUCUACACGGUGUUUCUACAUUAAGGUCGCCGCUCUCCCAAUCCUCUCGUCACUGUUUUCCGCUCCGCUCAGGAGCCCCCUCGCAUUUGAGAAAAGGCGAAAGCUGAGAAUGUUUCAAAAGAACAGUUUUUGUACUGACUUUAAACAAUAAAGUUUAAA